AUGUCGUACUUCUUCUCAACCCCCGUCGACAUCGACAUCGUCCUCGACGAGCCCGACGACCGCACCAUGGUCGACGUCAAGCUCGACAAGAACCGCCGUGAAAAGGCGCCCUUGUACAUGGACGGCGAGUCGGUCAAGGGCGCCGUCACCGUGCGGCCCAAGGACGGCAAACGCCUCGAGCACACGGGCAUCAAGGUCCAGUUCAUCGGCACGAUAGGUACGCAGCUAGACCACUAUGACCAGCAGCAGAGCAGCAUCUUCCGCCGCCGCCGCCGCCCAUCCACAUCAUCAUCUUCUUCUUCUCCCUACUACUACUACUCCUCUUCAUCAUCCUCCUCCUCCCUUGUCUCGGGCGCCCUCGGCCUCCUGACCCCGCAAUGGACCCUGCCCUCCAUCCGCCUCGGCCUGCAGCAGCGCCAACACAAGGUUACUGACGGGCUGGUAGAAAUGUUCUUUGACCGCGGCAACCACUACGAGUUCCUCUCGCUGAAUCAGGAGCUCGCCGCGCCGGGGGAGCUGCAGCACCCGCAGACGUUCGACUUCAAUUUCAAAAACGUCGAGAAGCAGUACGAGUCGUACAACGGCAUCAACGUCAAGCUGCGCUACUUUGUCCGCGUCACCGUCUCGCGGCGCAUGGCCGACGUGAUCCGCGAAAAGGACAUUUGGGUCUACAGCUACCGCAUCCCCCCGGAGAUGAACAGCAGCAUCAAGAUGGACGUUGGUAUCGAGGACUGCCUGCACAUUGAGUUUGAGUACAGCAAGAGCAAGUACCACCUCAAGGACGUCAUCGUAGGCCGCAUCUACUUUUUGCUGGUCCGGCUCAAGAUUAAGCACAUGGAACUAUCCAUCAUCAGGAGAGAAACAACCGGUGCGGCUCCGAACCAGUACAAUGAGAGCGAGACCUUGGUGCGCUUUGAGAUUAUGGAUGGCUCUCCCUCAAGAGGAGAAACGAUUCCCAUUAGACUGUUCCUUGGCGGCUUUGACCUGACACCGACCUUUCGCGACGUGAACAAGAAGUUUUCCACACGAUACUAUCUUAACGCCCGGCGGUAUUUCAAGCAGUCAGAAAUUAUCCUCUACCGUCAAGCCCCCGACGCCCCCGCCGUCCCAGGCGCAGCCCUCCAAAGCCUACCCCCUCCCCCUGAAAACAAAAUUGCCCCUGCUGCGGUUCAGGCAUGA